GAGAUCAGUGAGCUACAGUAAUUACGUUUUCUGCAGCCUGCCUAAGAGAUGGUGCGGGAGAAGGGCCUGUGAUGUCAGAGCGGGGAGGGCUUAAAGACCGGGGAUGAAGACUAAUCGAGAUAAGUUGAGUUUGUAUUUAAAGCAAAGUCACCAUUAGUUAAGAGUUUUUUUGACAGGCUAAUCGUGAUGUGUCUUAAACGCUGGCAAGCAAAUGACAGCACCAUCCUGAGGCAAAGAUUUUGUGCUGUGGAAACGCAAAACUUGGGAUAUUCAUAGCAACCUUCCCCGGUGUCCAAACUAAAGUCUUGGCAACUGUGCUGAUAUCAAUUGGAUCAAUAAGUGGUGGCAACAUCAGCUGUUUCCCUCCAUAGCAUGACUCCUCGGGAUCAUAUGAGAAAGAUGUCAAUCCUUGGAGAACAGGGAACCUUAGAAGAUAAGCAUAUAUACCGAUUAGCCAGUGGCAUGGCAGCAGGAGAAUUGCGACAGCGGCAAGAGAUGAUAAUGAGAAACCAGAUGUUGGCAGUCAACCCACAACUGAUGGGAGGAGGCCAGCAGAGAAUCCAGGCAAUUCCCUCACAGUUUGAACCUCGGUUCAUGGAAAGAGACUUGUUACCUUCAACUGAGAUGCUGACCCCAGGUGACCCUAGGCAGAUCCAUGUAGCUUCUCACCUCAGUCCCGCUGUCCCACAACAUGCCAACAUGCCAAACCUAUUAUCCAACCGUGUUUAUCAAGGUCCAGGAUAUAGCUUUCUCCAACCAGAAUCUAUGGAAGCUGUAACCAGAAGGCAAGAAUUGGUUCAGAAACAAAACAUUGCUAGGAUGGAAAUGGAAAUGGGUGCCAUUUUUCAACAAAAGGAAAUCGAAAAAGCUCAUCGCAAAGGGCUAUUGGGGCUGGAAGGCCCCUUUCUUUACCACAGCAUCCCAGCUAGCCCAGUUGCUUUCCGAGGGAGACACAGGAUACCUGAAGGCCACCUUCCUAAUGAUUUGUAUGUUCAUCGAACAACCCUUGACGAACUUCAUGGCAAUGCCAUGCUCAUGGCCACCAGUCCCUACCCGCCUGUCAGCACUCUUCAAAGGGAGCGAGGCCGACGUCCGGGCCGAAGAGCUGGGAAUCACAAGGUCAAUGAUUGUACCGUCAAUGGCAUCAAGAGCCAAGCAGAAGACAAGGCCACAGACCUGGUCGCUGUGACGGCUGAUGAAGAAAAAGAGGACAAAAAAGAAGCAGAGGUGGAGAUGCUGAGCAAACAUGAACAAAGCAAAGUCCAUACAGAGCCAUCUUCUGUGGUAGCCAAAAAUGGCAAGGAGUAUGAGCAUGGCUUAAGGAAAGAUUCAGGUAGCCAUGAAAUACCCAGUGAAACCAAUGGCUGCAACAAUGGGAAUGAAAAAGAUUCUAGCAACUCUUGCUCAGCCUUUGAAGAAAAGUAUGUGUAUCCCUCUGCAUUUACAUUCUCUGCUCUCCCAUAUGGUUUCUCUGUACCCAACAACCCACUGCUACCUUCAGCCACGUCUGGACUGAUUCUGAAUGCAGAAGACAUUUCUUCUAUUGAAGAUAUCCGCAAAUGGACUGUUGAAGAUGUAUAUAGUUUUAUCAUCAGCCUUCCGGGGUGUUCAGACUAUGCACAGAUAUUUAAAGACCACGCCAUUGAUGGGGAAACCUUACCCUUACUCACAGAAGAACAUCUUUUGGACACAAUGGGAUUAAAACUUGGACCUGCAUUAAAGAUACGGUUGCAGGUAUCCCGGCGCUUGGGCAGUGCCUUCUACAUGAUGAACCUUCCCUUAUCCAUGCCCACUCCGUCUGCUCCAAGCAAGCCUUCAGAUGCUCCCCCAGAUAUGGCAUCCCCUCUUCACUGCAACAGUACUGGUGAUGCUCUGGCUAGUCCUGCCUCCCAGGACUCUGAACCUUCCAAAAUAGUUGAGCAUGGUGCAACGGAAAGCAGGGAACAUGCAUCUGAUGUACCUGGCGCGCAGCCAGAUUUCCGUAUGAUGAACUAUCAGAAAAACUGAAACUGGACACACUAAAAAACUUACCAUUAAAAAAAAACUUGCAAAGCCUGGACACAUGAAAUACACUAUGCUCAGUAUUAUUUAUUUAUUUUUUGUUAAUAGCAGAAUUGCUAUACAUGUGUGCAAUGAAAAAGAACAAUUUAUUUAGUAAGCAUAAAAAGAAGCAGCAAGAUGUUAGGGCAAGUAGAUCUCUGGUAGAUCUCUGGCUAAUUUGUAAUUGUCUCCAAGAAUUCCUGUUUGAGAUGUACUUUUGUAAUCAUCGUAAUAUAUGGUUCAUGGAGAUAAGGAUUUUUGUCUCCUCACCCACCAUUAUUUGUUUCACUCUGAUUUGUAAACCUCAGCAGUCUGAAAUAAACAAGAGUGUCUACUGAAUUGCA